AUGCUACUUCACCGUUUCUCUUGUGGUAUUAUUUUUUUCGCUGUUUCAGAAGAUCAGUGCAACAAGGAUGAUCCAGCAUGGUCCUAUCAUUCUGUUGGUGAUAACAAGAGCUUUGGUAUCCGCACAGCAGGACUUGAUGAAAAAGCUGAUUCGUGCGCUAUGUUGGUCUGCUAUGCCAGAGAUCUGGAAGAAGAAUUUAUGCCCUACGUUGACGAAGUAGCAAAGUUGUCGGUCGAAAAUCUGCGCUUCCUAUUCGUGGACAGUGUUCGCUGUUCGGCAGCUGAAACCCUACCAUGGUUACUAAAAUGUGUCAAAGUUCAGGGCGUAGAAUUCCAGCGUCGUUUAUGGGUGGAGUUUUUGCCUGCCCUUUGCUCGGCAUUGGAAGCCGAGAACGAGGUGGAGGUGAUUGAAAGUUUGAUUGAUGCUCUCGCGGAAAGUGUUCUUCAUCUUGGAGCCGCGGGGCUCACUAAAGAGGAUGUGGAGAAAAUCGCCACUGUCAUUUCGGAACAAAUAAAAGAGCAUGAGAAACGCCGUCUGGAAGCUGAAGCCGAAGAAGCUGAAGAGGAUGCUGACGUUGAUGAUUUGAAAGAAAAGCUAAGCGAUGAGGCGGAAAUGGAAGGAGAAGUUCUCGCACGAAUUUCGGACCUCAUCCACAACAUGUUUGAGACUUUUGGUGAGUGCUUCUUCGACUGUAUGGAGCCACUUCUACCCGAAAUAUUACAACUCGUCGAUAUUCGGCGACCUUAUCCAUCGCGGCAGUAUGGUCUCUGCUACAUUGACGACUGUAUUGAAUUUGCACCGAAAAGAUGUGCACGAUAUCAGGACCAAUAUGUUCCUAUUAUGCUCAAAUGCCUCGCUGAUGAGUACCCCGAAGUUCGGCAAGCAGCCGCUUAUGGAUUCGGAAUUAUGGGUAUGAUAGGUGGAGCAGACUACCUGAAUACCGUGACAAGUGCUCUUGAACCUUUAGCCGCUAUGGUGAGCAGUCCUGACGCGAGAUCUACAGAGGAAAGCUCUGGCGCUACAGACAACGGUAUCGCUGCCGUCGCGAAGAUUUUGAAGUAUUCCGGUGCUAAUGUUGAUAUUGCU